ACGCGUCCUAUUUAAGCCAGGUGCUUCACCUCAUCGCCAAAAUCCCAAACUCUCGAGUCUCUGCAAAUCUAUUAUUAGUCCCUCCGAAGAGAGAAAUGUCUGGUUACCCCCCCGGACCGCCUGGAUACGGCUACGGUGCGCCACCACCGUCUCAGCCAUACGGCACGGCUUCUCCCUACGGAGCGCCACCAUCACAACCCUAUGCUCCGAUGGCAGCUCCCUACGGUACUCCCUCUGCACCCUACGCACCAGGCCAUACUCCCGGCGAGAAGCCCCCCAAAGACAAGCCCCAUGGAAGCGGAAGUGCCCCCCCUCUUUACUCCGGCUAUCCAGCUGCCACAGUGCCUCCGCCCUCCGGCUACCCACCUUAUGGAAGCCCGUUCGCAUCUCUUCUGCCGUCGACGUUCCCUCCGGGAACUGACCCAAACGUGGUGGGUUGCUUUCAGGCGGCCGAUCGGGACGGUAGUGGCUUCAUAGACGAUAAGGAGUUGCAGGGCGCUCUGUCGUCUUACAACCAGAGCUUCAGCAUGCGGACCGUCCAUCUCCUCAUGUACCUCUUCACCAACAUCAACACCCGAAAGAUCGGACCGAAGGAGUUCACUUCGGUGUUUUACAGCCUGCAGAAUUGGAGGGCGAUCUUUGAGAGGUUCGAUAGGGAUCGGAGCGGGAAGAUCGACGCGUCGGAGUUGCGCGAGGCGCUCCUGAGCCUCGGAUUCGCGGUUCCUCCGGUCGUAUUGGAUUUGCUGGUCUCCAAGUUCGACAAGAGCAGCGGUAAAAAUAAAGCCAUCGAAUACGAUCAUUUCAUCGAGUGCUGCUUAACGGUCAAGGGACUUACAGAGAAGUUCAGAGAGAAAGACACAUCGUACUGUGGUUCGGCGACGUUCACAUAUGAGAGUUUUAUGUUGACCGUUUUGCCCUUUCUUAUUGCUUAAGGAAUGGAAGUCGUCGUUAUGCAAUGUUUGGAGUGUUCGUUUGAAUUUGUAUAUUUUGGUAUUUCUCCCUUUAAAAGUAAAUUAUGGUUAAAUAAUAAUAUAUGCUUUAAGUUUAAGCUAACAGAAUUACCAUUUUGGGUUC